AUGUCCGACUCCAACCGCACGGGCCUCUCCUUCUUCCUGACCGGCCUCCCGGGCCUCGAGGCUGUGCACGCCUGGCUCUCCAUCCCACUGGGCGCCAUGUACGUGGCCUCGCUGGCAGGAAACGGCCUGAUCCUGUGGGUGGUGAGGUCAGAGCCCUCCCUGCACCGGCCCAUGUACUACUUCCUGUCCAUGCUGGCCGUGACCGACCUGGGCCUGUCUGCCUCCACGCUGCCCACCAUGCUCCCCAUGUACCUGCUGGGUCUCAGGGAGGUGGCGCUGGACGUGUGCCUGGCCCAGCUCUUCUUCAUCCACACCUUCUCCAUCAUGGAGUCCUCCGUGCUGCUGACCAUGGCCUUCGACCGUCUGGUGGCCAUCGGCAGGCCCCUGCGCUACGGCGCCAUCCUCACGGGCCGCAGGGUGGCCGGGCUGGGCCUGGCCGUCGUGCUGCGCAGCACGGGCCUCCACGUCCCGGCCCCCAUCAUGCUGAAGACGCUGCCUUACUGCAGGCAUCGCCUGCUGUCCCACUCCUACUGCCUGCACCCCGAUGUCAUGAAGCUGGCCUGCGCCGACACCCGCCUCAACAGCGCCUACGGUCUCUUCGUGGUGCUGUCCACGCUGGGGCUGGACGCCGUGCUCAUCGUCCUCUCCUACGGGCUCAUCCUGCACACGGUGCUCUCUAUCGCCUCCAAGGCCGAGCGCCUCCGAGCCCUCCACACGUGUGUCUCCCACGUGGGUGCCGUCCUGCUCUUCUACUCGCCCAUGAUCGGCCUGUCCAUGGUCCACAGAUUUGGGAGGCGGGCUUCCCCGUCCAGCCGUGUGCUGCUCUCCUACCUGCACUUUCUCACCCCUCCAGUGCUCAACCCCAUUGUCUACACCGUUAAGACCAAGCAGAUCCGACGGAGGAUGCUGCGCCUCUUCGGCUCUGGCGGGGGGGCCGCCAGAGUCCCAGGAUCACGAGGUCUCCGGCAGAGAGAGAAGAGGCAGGCAGAGGUUGCUGAGGAGCCACGGAAAUAA